AAAAUAAGCCCGACUCAUAAAUUAGAGAACCCAAAAGCAAAUAGGAACUACCGUGCAAAGAGUAAAUAGGAUUCAUAAUUUUAACGUUCCAAUUCGCGUUCAUCCCUCCGCCGCUUUUGACAGUACAUUCAGUCUGGUGCUCGAAUCCUAUAUCGGGAACUUGCUACCGGAAAACACCAACGGCGAGUAAUCAUCUAAGCACAAACCCUAACCCUAUGAAGAGGUGUAAACAUGCCACUCCUACUUCUUCUUCUUCCAACCUGAAAAGGAAAAAGAAAGAAGAUAAUGAUAAGAAAAAAAAGAAAAAAGGUAGAAGGGAGGAGAAAGUGACAAAGGUUGACAUCAUUGAAUCUGAGAGCUUGCCGGAGAAUGACAGUGAUGGAGAAGGGUUUGAAGAUGAUUCUCCUAGAAGUAAUUUUGUGGAAAGAGUGCUGCCAGAUCCCGACGACAAUGAUUCUGGAUUAAUAGAAGGUUCUGAGAGUGAAGAGGACAUUGAGUUUUCUUAUUCAGAUGAAGAGGAUAUUAUGACAAAUGGUGGAGCAACAUCUAAGGAUUCAGUGGAUUUGAGCUCUUUUGAUUUACAUUUGCAACAUGAUUUAUCAAAAGAGGAAAUUAACAACCAAAAGAAUUUGAAAUUCAGCUGGGAUGUACCAGUUAUCGGUGUCUCAAAUAGCAAAUGGAUAGGAACUGGAGAAAACAUCUUGGAGGAUUUUGAUAUCAACUCCUGUCAUGGUCUGAAGGCAAAGUUACAUGAGCAUUGGAUGGACGUGUCCAAGACAUCCGGAGGCAAGGAUAUUAAUUCACCUAAACAACAAAUGUUUUUCUCCCUUUGCAGCAGCUACCGUGAUAUACUUCACUGUAACAAGAGACCGUUCUAUCUAAAAGGCCUUGAAGACAUAAGCAUCAUGGAUGCAUACAUAAUGCAUUCUCUAAAUCACGUCUUCAGAACUAGAGAUUGUGUUAAAAAGAAUGAUGCUAAACUGUCUAGGCUUGAAGAGGGUGCUGAUACUGAGAGAUUCCGAGAUCAAGGGUUUCUUCGUCCUAAGGUUUUAAUUUUGUUGCCAUUGGCAAGUAUUAUGUACCGUGUUGUAAAGAGGCUUAUACAACUUACACCUUCAGCUUACAAGGUCAACGUUGAGCAUAUGGAUCGUUUAUCCACUAAAUUUGGAGGUGAAGAACAUAAAGGUGACAAGGAAAAUGGUGAAGAACCUGAAAAUGCAGACCUUCAGAAGUCAUCCAAACCGGACGACUUUCAAUUACUUUUUGAAGGCAAUAAUGAGGACGACUUUAUGAUUGGCAUCAAAUUUACUAGGAAGACAAUCAAGUUGUUCAGUGAUUUCCAUACGUCUGACUUAAUUAUUGCUUCACCACUUUGUUUAGUUAAUAAAAUUGAAGAGACUGGAAGCAAUAAGGAAAAAGAUGUAGAUUUUCUUUCAUCCAUAGAGGUUCUCAUUAUUGAUCAUGCAGAUGUAAUAGCAAUGCAGAAUUGGUCUCAUGUGCAUACAGUUAUUGAACACUUGAACCGCUUACCAUCGAAGCAACCCAGAACAGAUGUUAUGCGCAUUAGACCAUGGUAUCUUGAUGAGCAUGCCAGAUUUUACAGGCAAACAAUAAUUCUGGGUUUUUUCUCUAAUCCAGAUAUAAACGCUUCGUUCAAUCAUCAGUGUUCUAAUUAUGAAGGGAAGGUGAAGCUGAUGUGUGAAUAUAAAGGUGUUCUACAAAAAGUGCUCCCUAAAAUUCAACAGGUUUAUGUACGGUUUAAUAUAGACUCAAUAGUAGAUGCUGAUGACAACCGUUUUGAUUAUUUUGUGAAGAAGGUUUUCCCAAGAAUAAAAGAUUCUGAUGAGGGAGGAAUCAUGCUAUUUAUCAGUUCUUACUUCGAAUUUAUUCGAAUCCGAAAUUUUUUAAAGUCGCAGGAUGCCUCCUUCUGUCUGCUUGGGGAGUAUUCAACCCAAAAGGAUAUUUCUCGUGCACGGCUUUGGUUCUUUGAAGGGAAGAGAAAAAUUAUGCUUUACACUGAGAGAUCUCAUUUUUAUCACAGAUACAAGAUUCGCGGGGUUAAGAAUUUAAUCAUGUAUUCUCUCCCAGAGAGGAAGGAGCUUUAUCCUGAGAUUGUAAAUGUGCUUGAUGGGUCUGAAAAUGCUGCGUGUACCGUCCUUUUUUCGCCCCUCGACAAGUUUCGGCUGGAAAGAAUAGUUGGAACUACUCCUGCAAAAACCAUGGUGGCUUCGGAGAAACCUGUUUUUGUUUUUUGCGAUUAGAUUUCUGCUGUACUCCAAGGUUGUAACAAUGCAAAGCAGCUUCUUGGAACUCAUUUCGACAGAAUGUAGUCAAUUUGCUUUUUCUGAGGAUGCUUGAAGAGUGAAAUGAUACCGGCUCUUACCGAACAAUAAUACUGGAGGAUAGCUUUUCUGUAGGAAGUUUUUUUUCUUAUCCAUCUAUGUUUUAUUCAGCUGUAACUAUAGAAUUUUUUUUGUAUACGAAACAUGGAUGCAGAAGUAAUUUAAAAGGAACAAUAUUUAAAAUUGCCAGGGUCAACUGGGUGUUAGAUGAUAUUUCCACAGAAUACAUGCGUUAGCUUGGUGGUGAAAUAUUUAUUUCUAGGAAUUUAUUAUUUUUUAAUGAAUGUAAAAUGAAAUCAA